AUGGGGCAAAGACCCUUUAAGGACAUUGCCGAUCCGGAUGAUAGCGACUAUGCACCACGAGGUGCUGCGUGUGUGAAGAUUAGUGACGCGCUGGGUCGUGUAGGGGUAAACGACGCUGGUCUGUACGCAUUCGGAAGCUCGGAUGUCGAUCUACCUGCUCUACCUGGUCUGGUAGUGUGCGACGCCGGUAUCAUCCCGAUUCCAUUGGCCGACAGUUUCGCGUCCUGUUUAUUAGACCGAUGCACACGAGUCGAAGAGGGUGAUAGCACACGCUGGGAGCUGGCGGCGGAUAAACUUUGGAUAAAGAAUCCCGAGUGGAACCGCAAGAUCGGGGACCUGGGGGUGGCUUUAGGAGAGAAAUUAGGGUUCCAGGACGUUUUGUUGGACGGUGGUAUACGCUCGUGGAGGACACGAAAAGCGACAGAAGGACGCUGA